AUGGAGAACGUUGAAGAAGUGAGAGAUUUGGCCUUGGGUCUUCAGGAUUCGGUCAAGGAAUUAGAAGUGGCUUUGCUGCCAUUAGUUGGUGAAUCUUUGGAUGAGCUUAUAAAGAAAUGCAAGCUGCCGAAGGAGGAGGCAGAGUUCCUUACCAACUACCUAUAUUGCACGGUCUCCAUCGUGUUUGCAUACCUCAAGGCUCUGGGUGUCAAUACCGAUGGACAUCCAAUUAUGAGGGAGCUCGACAGAGUCAAGGCGUCUAUGAAGAAAUUGAAGGAUCUUGAUACAGCUGACCAGAAGGCAGAGGAUACUGACACCAAGAGUAAGGAGGAAGCUGCACAAUAUAUUCAAAGAACAUUGGGUGGUGCCUCAGGAGGUGCUGCUGCCAGUAAUAGCAUGAAGUCGCCAGCCAUUUCGGCGUCGAACUUCCAAGGAAAGCAUACCAAGUUUAAGGAUGAGGAUAAUGACGACUCUGACGAAGAACUACAACAGAAGCCCGUGGAAGGUACCCUGAAGAAAGAAACAACAGAGAGUAUAGCGCCCCGUUCAAACGCUCCAACCGGUCCAAAAGUUACUGAGAACCAGAAUAAGAAGGAAGCACCACGCCCAAAGGGAAGGAAUCAGCCAAAGGGUAAUCCAAAGGGUCAAUCGAAAAACCAACAGAAGAAUAACCAAGGCAAGGUAAGUAAACCACAGCCACAGAGAAAGAAAGGAAAAGCGGGGAAGAAAUAG